GAAAAACUGUUAUGCAUUGGUACCAGUAGUCCAAUAGUGUAGUACUCAUGGAAGAACACCCCACCCUUACCAUGUGCUCAACAACUAUCUGGAAGAUUCAAAAACACACACGCCCACAUCUCUCCUUGAUGGAAUGCUGCUCAACUAUGAAACAGCUCAUGGAAUUCCAUGCCCAUUUCAUCUCAAGUGGCCUCUCCACUCAUCCCGCCGUUCUUAGCUCCCUCAUAUCCUUCGCUUCACUUUCUCCCGCCGGGGAUUUAGAUUACGCCCGUUGUCUUCUCUCCCGCAUAAGAGAACCCAAUUCGUUCCUGUUCAAUACAGUCAUAAGAGGAUAUGCUUCAAGCUCCCAUUCGGCCCCCGCUAUCGUUCUCUACAAUUCCAUGCUCAGAUUUCCUGUGUGUUGGUGAAACUAUACACUGUUCUGUAACCAAAUGCGGCCAUUUUCCCGAUCUUCACAUAGCCAACUCGCUAUUAAAAAUGUACGCGGGUUUCGGGUUGUCACAACUGGCACGCAAGCUGUUCGACGAGAGUUCCCAACCGGAUGUGGUUUCUUGGAACGUCAUCGUGGACGAUCUUUGCCGAAACACUUGCUUUCGUGAGGCUAUGUGUGCCUUCUUCAAGAUGUGUAAACAUGGUGAUACUCAGCCUAAUUCCGUCACGUUUCUCUCACUCGUCUCUUCUUGCACAAAGGAAAGUGAUUUGAGUACUGGGAAAAUGAUACAUUCCCACAUAAUAGUAACAAUAGGAGUUAACAUCAGCAAAAACCUUGGAAACUCGUUGCUUGACAUGUACUGCAAGUUUGGCGAUUUAGUGUCGGCUGAGAAGAUAUUCAACAAAGUGCAAGUGAGGACACUAUUUUCAUGGACAUCACUGCUAGAUGGUUACCUGCUAAAGGGUGACCUCAAGAGCGCUGUGGAAAUUUUUCAUCAUAUGCCUGUAAAGGAUACGACUGCCUGGAAUGUCAUGCUCUAUGGUUUCAUUGAGGCUGGUGAAAUCAAUUCAGCUGAAAAGAUUUUCCGAGAAAUGCCAGAAAGGGAUUUAGUGUCCUGGAACAGUAUGAUUCUCGGAUAUGCCCAUAACAACAAUACAAAAAUCCAGUCUUUGCAUUUGUUCAAGGAAAUGCUGCGUGUGGGUGUGAAGCUCGAUAAGAUCACUCUACUCGGUGUGUUUUCUGCUUGUGGGGGUUAUACAGGGAAAACACCUUUUCUCGGUGAAGUGAUCCAUUGUCAUAUGGAGAAACAGAACAUAAAGGGAGAAGAAGUAGAGACGGCUUUGAUGGAUAUGUAUUCCAAACACGGUGCUAUCCAGAAAGCAAUAAAAGUGUUUGAAACUAUAGCGAGGAAGUCAGUGCUGGCUUGGACCGUCUUGAUCCUGGGACUAGCUAUGAACAGUCUUGCAAAUGAAGCCCUAAGUUACUUCCACCAAAUGUGUGAGGCAGGAGUAAAGCCGAAUGGAGUCACCUUUUUAGGCGCUUUGUGCGCCUGCAGUCAUGCAGGUUGGCUGGUUGUUUGUUAAAAGUAGCCCACACCUCUUAUUCACCAUAUACGAACUGGGACUCUCUGGCCUUAUUAUUUGGGUUUCAAAGUUAAGACUCAUACUCAAACUUUUGUUCGUCGUUUGAAAUUUGAAAUGGUUGUAGAAUCAUCUAAUCUAAGGCCAAGCCAAACAAAUUUAAGAAGCUAUUUACAUACCCCUAUGAGUCAGACGUUUUCGCGGAGACCCCAGCUAGGAAAUAUAUGAAAGUUUUGUUUGGACUUUUUAAAUUCGAGUAAAAGUUUUGAAGUCGACAAAACAAAGGCAUCAAAGUUGAAAGGUAACUGAAUGACAUGGAAUUAAAAUGUUUAGUUAUUAUCCUCAAUCAAUAAGCCUCAUCAUCAUGUGUCGUAGGGGUUUCGUUUACACAAACAAUGCCAAAAACAUGCAGCACAGCUCAAAGUUAAUAAUGUGUUUAGACUAGUAUUCGCAAUCCAAAGCAUGGUUAGUGUCCGCUUUAAAUUUGAGUUUAACACAGGUCUUGUGGAAGAAGGCAAAGAGUUGUUCAGAGCUAUGGUAGAGAUCCAUGGAAUGACACCGAGGUCAGAGCAUUGUGGCUGCAUGGUGGAUCUUUUUGGGCGAGCUGGUUUGCUGGAGGAGGCAGAGAAGCUCAUUCAAUAUUUUCCACCUGCCAUAGCUGAUGAUGCUUCUGGAACUUGGGGAGCACUUUUUGGGGCUUGUAGAAUGCACGGAGAGAUAGGAAUGGCAGAAAAAAUUGCCAAAAAACUGAUAGAAAUCGAUCCAUAUCAUUCAGGCAGAUAUGUUAUUCUCUCCAAUAUCUAUGCUUCCGAAAACAGAUGGUGUGAUGCUGACAAGGUGAGGAGGAGGAUGAAGGCGUCGGGUGUUCAGAAAAUACCUGGCUUCAGCCUGAUCGACCUCAAAUCAGUUUCCUAAUUUUAUAUUGAUUCUCCGUUUGGAGUCUGGUAAUAAAUACUUAAGAAAAGAAAAUAGGAAGGGGCAUUUGGAAGGGAAGAAAUUUGAGGGAAAAAACAUGAGUCAAAUCUGACUCGUAAAGUUUUAGAUUUAUUUGUUCAAGCUCUUUCUAUUACUAAAAAAAUAUAAAUAUUUGUCAAAUAAAUAACGAUCAGUUCUGUUACAUAUAUUUAAGUAUCUUAGUGUUAUUUGUUUUGUGCAUAAAAAUUAAAUUGAACACUAAACAAAUAUCUGCAAUGAAUCUGUAGAGUGAUAACAAGUCUUUGCUAUUUCUUGUGCUACUUAAUUCUUCCCUACUAGUAGUUUUUUACUUUUUUUAUUACACAAAAAACACAUCUAUUGUUUUAAUAGUAAAGUUGAGUUGUGAAUUGCUG